AUGCGUCUUCUAAUAAUACUGGUCUGGGUGUUCGGCCUCAGCACCAGCCAUGCUUGUCAGACCGACGAAGAUUGCAGCCUUAACGGUAUUUGCGUCCCAAACCCCAAAACAAUACAACACAGCACAACUGCAAAGGCAUGCGAGUGUGAUCCAGGUUGGGUCGGGGAUAGCUGUGGCGUUCUCGACCUAGCCCCUGCUACUCGGUAUUCUGGUUACAACCACACAAACUUCACCAAACCCGAUGACUUUGGCCCAUACGGAAACUCUUCGUGGGGAGGCAGAAUUCUGCAAGACCCAAAGAACGCUUCUGUGUUCCAUCUCUUCACCUCACAAUUCGGCAAAGGUUGCGGACUUUCCGGCUGGAGACCUCACUCACACAUCAUCCGCGCAGAGUCAUACACCGGGCCGCAAGGCCCAUACCACUGGGCUCAGGAUGUGACAACUUCCACGGGGUUUCGGCACAAUCCUGACGUUGUCUUUAGUCCAGUAGACCGAAAGUACCUCAUGUACAGCAUUGGUGUAGAGGCCCCGGAGUUUACGGAGUGCAAAAGUUUCACCUACAAGGACUGGCCGAACAACAUUUCCGUCGCCAGUGCCGACAACAUCCGUGGGCCCUGGACCGACUGGAAGGUCAUUGUCGACAGCGACUUCAAUAAAGAUUUACCUGUGCGUGCCACGAAUCCAUCGCCAUUUCCAUUAUGGACGCCCGACAACCCUACGUCCGAUAUUGCUUUGCUUAUCAAAGACUACAAUAUCUACACCGCCUCAGCAUGGAACACAACCUACGAGCAGGUCCACGAAGCAAGUUGGGUCACCGCCGCGGAGAACGACACUCCAUAUUGGACGGAAGACCCAUUCAUCUGGCGAGACAAGCGCGGUAACUGGCAUUCGCUCAACCACUGGAUGAUCGAUCUCGUCGAGUUCAACGCUCAGCAAUGGCCAAGGGUGGGAAGCCAUCUUUUUGCUCGAAACUUAACGGGCCCGUGGCACUUUCCCUUGAAGACGGCUUUUACUUCCAACGUUACGUACGAAGAUGGCAGUUGGGAGCUAUUGAGGCGACGAGAGCGACCAAAGCUGUACUUCAGCAACGACGGGGAGAUGACGCCGAUGUAUCUUGUCACAGGCGUUCAGGAUACCUUUGACGGAAGUGGUAGAUCUUUCACACACAUUCAGCCAAUUGGGACCAAGUGGAGGGACUUCGAAAAGGCUAUAUGGCCAUGA